AUGGCCGCCGAGCAGCCGACGCCGCAGCGCGCGCGCUUCCUGCGCGCCGCCUCGACGCCGAGCCUGCACGCCGCCGUGCCGCCGCUGCAGCACCGCUGGCUGCACGCCGCCGACGCCAAGGCGAGCAGCUGGGCGGCGUUUGGUGCGCGCGACGACCGCGUGCUGCAGCGCGGCUGGGAGAGGAGCGCAGAGGAGCGCAAGGCGUGGGCCGAGAGCAAGGACAAAGACGCCGCGCAGCCGGCGCCCGACCCCGACCGCGCCCUCGAGAGCUGGCGCGUGCCCGUCGCCGAGGACCGCCUGUACGAGGUCGACCUGCGCAAGCUGCAGCUCUCACCCGUCUUCUGGAAGAGCGCGCCGACGCCUGUGCGUCGCGGCACCUGGUUCCUCGACGCCAGCAAGCUCUCGCCGCUGAGCGAUGCCGUCGCGCUUGAGCUCGAGGAGCUGUAUGGGUCCAUCCGGCCAUGGCUGCCGUCGUACGCCGACGAGCUGCGCGCGUCCGUGUCGCAGGGCGCCGACGCCGAGGCGAAGCUGCAGUGCCACCUCGCCAGCAUGCCCGGCGCCUACGUCAUCUUCCUCGGCCCGCACUUGGCGCGCCUGUACCGCGAGGAUGUGGGCACGCGCAUGGGCAAGAUGCUCUGGACGGCAUGGGCGGGCGAGCACUCGGGAGGCACGCUCCUGGCACGCGGCUUCGACAACGCACGCCGUCUGCUCGGCACGCGCGGCAAGGAGCCAAGCGCUGCAGCGCCGGCACCCGCCAAGAAGCCGCAGAGCGCCGCGGCCAAGGCCAAUGCCGCCGAGGCGGCGCGCGAGCUCAAGGAGCAGUCGACGGAGACGGAGCAGGAGGCCAUUGCGCAGCGCAACCUCACACCCAAGGAGCGCAUCCGGCGGAGCUUGGAGAAGGGGCGGCCAAAGCUCGAGGAGACUAGUGCAGAGAAGACAGAGACAGGCACCGCGGAGAAAACAGAACAGCAGGCUGCUGAUGCGGUCGAUACCAAGGAGGAGCCAAAGCCGCAAGACGAAGCCGCAUCAGAAGGUGGCGCGGCGGCUACAGCAGAGCCGGCGGCCUCUGAAGCGAGCGAUGCUGCACCGCCGGCCGAGACGAAGAAGGAGCGCAGUGCCUCGACGUCCUCCGCGUCCACGAGCAGCGGGCUCUUUGGCAACCUCGGCACGCGGCUGACGGCGCUCACGUCGUCGGCGGCCAGUCUCUCUGCCUUCACCAAGGGCGAUGAUGCGGCCAGCCUCAAGGCAGCAGUGGAUGACGCGCGCAUGCAGGCCAGCGGCCUCAAGGCCGUCGGCGGCGAGCGCAAGGAGGCCGAGGAGGAGCGCAGCAAGGAGAGCGCCGGCCUUGCGGCCAACGAGGACGAGGAGUACGAGCCGGAGAAGGAGGUGGAGGAGGAAGAUGACGGGCCGGAGCAUCUCGCGCAGGUCUGGCACGGCAUCGGGCAGAAGCUAGCCGAAGAGUGGAAGUCGAUGGACUUUGCCCUUGCAGUCUCCAACAUGCGCUCCCUCAUGGCCAAGCGCGCCUCAGCCGCUCCACCCUCGGACGUCGGCGGCGGCGGCAUGGCUUCUCUGCUGGCCGGCAAGCGCGUGCAGUUCCUGCCUGUCAUGUGGCGCGCCACGCUCGAGGACUUUGAGCCGCCGCGCGCAGAGGAGGAUGCCGACGGCGAGCACUUUGACAACGUGUUCCAGCUCGACCAGAUCUUUGGCGCGGGCGAGAAGGACAGCAUCCCGCUUGUCAAGCAGCUUAUUUCUGGCGUCUUCCUCGACAUCCCCUUCUACCUCUCGCAGCAUCGAGCGGAAAUCUUGAACCGCGUGCGCGCUCAGACGAACUUUGUCUGGCGCUUGUUCAUGCAGCGCAAUCCCGAGUUCCUCGAGAAGGGCGGCAAGACACAUCUGAUCGCGCACAGUCUCGGCGCGGCCAUCGCCACGGAUGUACUCUCGGCGCAACCCACGCACGCCGCGGCCAAGCCGAGCUCGUACGAGUCGCAGCUGGCGUUUGACGUGUGCAGUCUCUACCUGCUCGGCUCGCCCGUCUCUCUUUUCAUGUGGCUCAACCGCGCGCAGCUCAUUGCGCGACGUGGGCGGGAGGGCACGCAGGGCGACGCCAAGGACGAGUCAGUCGUGCGCGCAGGACGCUACGGCUGCUUGGCCGUCGAUCGCAUCUUCAACAUCUUCUCCGCCACGGAUCCGGUCGGCACGCGCUUGAACCCAUGUGUCGACGCAAAGCUUGCACAGGUCAUUCGGCCGGUUGUCAUCUCGCGUGCUGUGGCGUCGAUACUGCGCGGGCAGCCCGGCGCACUGGCGUCCGGCACGUCCAGCGGCGGCAUCUUUGCGUCCUGGGGCCGCUCCUCGCACGCACCUGCCGCGGCGACUCAAGACGAGAAGGACGCGCCGGACGGCGGCGGUCUCGAGACGCUCGGCAGCGCCGAGCCCAGCACGUCAACCGGCUCGGCGAACCCGAAGUGGCUGCAGCGACUGACGCCGCGCAAGGCCAAGCCAGCGUACGCCGAGCGCCGUGGCGCUCGCUCCGCCUCCACAGUCGGCUCGUCAAGCGCCGAGGCGUCGCCGCGCGGCUCCAUGGACGAGCCCAGGCCGCCGCAGUCCGCCACCGACCCGCCGACGCCCACGAGCGCUGGCGCACCCACGCUCACCGAGGAGGAGCGGGACCGCGCCGAGCGACGCAUCCGCGCUCUCUCACCGCUCGGCUCCGUCGACUAUGUCAUCCCGCUGCAGCCUACGCUCCUGUCACAUCAAUACCUCGAAAUGCUCUACAGCCACGCAGGAUACUGGACAGACGCCGGCUUUGCCGACUUCUUCCUCGCCACACUCUUCAGCUCGCGCGAGGCGCUGACGCAGGCACGCCAGCGACUAGAGCGCUCGGAGUGA